GGGAAAGAAAGAAAGAAAGAAAAGGGGGAGGAAGGCCGGAGGUUGCCAACUGACCUGGAGGCCGCCUCCUCUUCUGCCUUGGAGCAGCCAGUUUCCUGCCCCAGGCAAGGCGGCGAGCGCGGCUUUCACUUUUCCCAGGGCCCUGCGAGCUGAUGCCGGAGCCUGAAGGGAGAGCCUGAGCCCAGAUGGCUGCUCGGCGGAUGACGCGGGAGUCUUUCGAUGCCCUCAUGCAAGUCAAGGUGAAACAGCAUCGUCUGGACAGGAGUGACCCCAUCGAAGAGGCCCUCCACCAGCUGAGAGUUCAUUCGCGCCCAGCGCAGCGAACCCAGUACGAGGAUGAGGACGGGAAUUUCCAUGAGGAGAGAAAGUACCUGCACAGCGACUGGAGGGGAGAAGCCCAAGAAGCCGCCAACGAAGACUAUUCGGUGCCACCCUAUCAGUCAGAGGAGGAGGAUUACUACACACCCACAUGCUCACAGAACCAAGAUUACGCCCAGGCCCCUUCCCGUGACCGGGACUACGGCCGUUUGUCUUCUGCGGAAAGGGAGCUCCCCGGCCCAUCCGCCAGGGAGCGGGGUUACGGUCGCCUGGCCUCUCGGCAAAGGGACUAUGGCCGUGCCUCCUCCCGAGAGACCUCCAGGCUCCGUGAUGCGGACUACAGUUCAGCAGAGCUGUUGAGUGGCUUCCAUUCUCCAGGGCUAUUGGAAGAGGAGUUUGGGACUGUGCGGAGUCAGGAUUACAACCUGGAGUAUGGCCUGGAGGCGGAGAGAGAGUUUCCUCCCUCUUUACAUGCGGGGAGGGAGCUAAUGGCAAAGCGCAUCCGGGCACCACAGGGCCUGGUCAAAAGCAAGACAGCUGCGGUCCUCCCUGUGAAGAAAUGGGUCCAGGCUUUGUCCUCAGGCGACCUGCUGGGGGAGCCCGCCGCCCCCUCCAAGAGGAGGGCCUUCCCCACUCAGCACCUUCAGCUUGGCCAGCGGCCGUCCCUGCUCCCGAGGGGCACCCUGCUGCACGACGACCCGGAAACCGUGAGGCAUGCCCAGCACAAAGAGCCGCAGCUGGACCUUAGCGGCCCCCUGGACGUUUUCACCACCUUUGGGGUGGAGAUCAUCAAGUGGGCCGGCUUCCACAAGAUAAAGAACGACCCAGAGUACACGGAAAUGUUCCGCAUCCUCUUCAAGCUGGAGACGGAGACGUGCGCCAAGAUGCUGGCCUCCUUCAAGUGCUCGCUGAAGAUGGAGCACCAGGACUUCUGCUAUUCCGUCGUGCGGACUCUGCAGCACCCGGCGCUGCGGACGCCCAAAGUGGACGGCCAGUUCUUGAACCUGCUGCUGGAAAAGAAGCUGGUGGCCACCAAGAACGGCUUCUUCCAGCUCAUCAAACCUUUUGACCGGAGCAUGAUGCACCUCCAGGCCUGCCUCCUGAAGAGCGCCGUCCCACUCCUGAUGGCCUGCAAUGCCUAUGAGCUGAGCUUGAAAUCCAGCAGCUUCAGCGACCCGGGGCAGAUGGCGGCCGCCUUCGAGACCACUGCCUCCCUUUGCCGGAAGGCCCUGGUGCUCCUCGGCCAGACCUUCGCCAUGGCCUCCUCCUUCCGGCAGGAGAAGAUCCUGGAGGCCAUCGGGCUGAAGGAGGUGGCCCCUCUGCCCAUCUUGUUCCCUAAUUUCGACACCUCGGCCUUGUUUGGGAAGGAGUACAUUGAACACCUGCAGGGCUGGCUGGAGAAGAGCGGGUCCCAGGUGCAGCUGAAGAGGCCAAGGGUGGAGACCCCCAGCCCACAGGGCGCUCCGGAAACCAAGCUGAAGAUUAAGAUUCCACAACGCGCUGACCGGAAGGUCACCGAGACAAUCGAGAAGAUGGUGGAGGGCAUCGUUUCCGGCACUCUGAAAGGGAAAGAGAGAGCUCAGUUGAAGGACAAGCCAGAGUACUGGUUUCUGAAGGAAGAGGACAGCCUGGAGCACAAAUAUUACAAGCUCAAGCUGUCCGAGAUGCAUCGGCUGAGGUCUGCAGCCAAAGAAAAGCCCAAGCAGGAGAAGACCCCUGAGCUGCAGGAUUUGGCUGUCAUGCAGGCCUUGCUGCGCGCCCGCAAGGUCCUCCGCAUCAAGAAGCGGCUCUUCUGGAAGAGGAGGCCCAGGAUCCUUCGGCGGCGGGUGGCAAGAGCCCGGAGGGUGAAGCGGGCCACCGUGGGGACCCAGACGCUCCUGUCCACCGGGACAAUGCUCCAGCAGCAGGACCUGCCGCAGAGCCCCAAAGCCCACCCAGCAGAGACCUCCUUGGAAAAGGCGGGCGUCUGUGACUCAGCCACCGACCCAGAAGAUGCAUCCGGGGAAGGUUUGAGUGCUGGAAGCUCACUUGGGCUAGCAAGCCAGUUUCCUGACGUGGAUCCCAAAACGAUGGUGACAGCAGAGAGGCUGGCCAAGUUUGUGGCGGAGGUGGGACCUGAGAUUGAGCAGUUCAGCAUCGACAACAGCGCAGAUAACCCGGAUCUGUGGUUCCUGCAUGACCGUGAGAGCUCAGCCUUCAGGUUUUACCGGAUGAAGGUCUACGAGCUGUGCCCCUCCAUGAACUUCAGCGCCGUUCCAGGGCCUGCCAGCGAGAGCCCCGCACCCUCGGAGGGCGACAGGGAGAACAAUGAGGAGGAGGAGGAGGAGGAGGAGGAAGAAGAGGAGGAGGAGGAAGCUCCCCAGUCUGGAAUGGAAGAGGGGGACGCUCAAGCAGGGUCUGCCAGCUUGGGAGCCUUGAGUACAGCUGGAGAAGGGCAGCCUGAGGGCACCACCUCAGAGGCAUCUGCCCCGGGUCCUCUGCGGGGCAGGGCCUUUGGGCGCAAGAGGGCCAGCAGCAGGUCCUUGAAGGUGGGCCUGAUCCCAGCCUCCAAGAGGGUCUGUCUCAUCGAUGAACCGAAAGUCCACGACCCCGUCCGGAUUGCGUAUGACCGACCCCGCGGCUAUCAGUCCCACAAAAAUAAGUGGCAAAAAUCAAAGGAUUUGGAGUUUUCCCACAAGCGGCUGAACCAGAAGAACAUUGGCUUCCAGAUGCUGCAGAAAAUGGGCUGGAAGGAAGGCCUUGGGCUUGGAGCCCACGGAAAGGGCAUCAAGGACCCCGUCAAAGUGGGCUCCACCUCAGCGGGGGAGGGCUUGGGUGUGGCGGGGGACGAGAACAAGGAGGACACCUUUGCCACCUUCCGCCAGAGGAUGAUCCAGAUGUACUAUCUGAAAAGAGCCUGUAAUAAAUAGAAUGAGCUUUGAACCAAAGAAGCGAAGAUCAUUGUGCUGGAGAGAGGUCUGGAGAGAGGACAGGCCACCUUCUGAGAACCCCCCACCCCUUUUAAAUUUGGAGCAAUUAGAAGAGCAAAUUGCUCUGAAGAAUCCGUAACCUCCUAAACAAAACAAACAUUGCCAUUCUGAACGGCUGGGUCUGCUUUUUGAUCAAAUCUCUUAACAAGAACCUAGGAUGUCAGGCUCCCCCCCCCCCACUUACGCAAGGCCGACUUGCGUACAACCACGUGUGCAUGCAGUGCCGGGAAAUAAUAAAUCAAUUGGCUGCUUCUACCUGCAGCUCAGAUCCCACGAGUGCUGUGGGGCACAUGUCCACACACACACACACACGCGCACCAGCCUGGUCCUGGCUGCAGCGACAAUCUCAAGGUGUGAGUGGGCAGAGGGAGGGGACAUGGGCACAUGGGAUCAGCGCCUGGGCACUUCACUGCUGGGUCUGAAAGCACCUCUCAAGGGCACCCUAGAGGAUGGGCUACCCAGUGCCCCACUAGCCGUGCGGCCCUGAGCCAGCAGGUGAGGCACAAAUCCAUCUCCCAACAAGGCAGGGUCAGUGCUCAGAGGAGAAAAGGAGUGGCGGGGGGAGAGUGUGAGUAGCUGAGCUGAUUGGGGGGCUGUGGGUCAAAGUGGUAAGGGGAGGGGAGGAGGAAAUCAAAGGAAGUGAACAGCUGUGGCCUGGAAGUCUCUCAGGACUGCUGCCCAGGAGGGAUGGGACAGAAGGCUCAGGGCAGCAACCCCGUCGACACAUGUGAGUCUGUCUCUUCCCCGUGCGCCCUCCCUAUUAAAGCAGCAUGCACCCCACUUUAUGCAACUUCACUUCUGCAUGUGGGGCCCCCGGAGCAUAACCCCUGCGUAGGUGGGGGGGGUGCCUGUAUCCAUUCCAGACAGGACAAAAAAUGGACUGUCCUCUAUGUGGACAAUAUGAUCAUCCUGCCUUUCGCAAGAUUCAGAAAUUCCACCUUUACACAAUGUGAUGUAUUUUUCUUUUCAACUGCUUUGGGUCUGCACGACAAGCAGCAGUUAUUGAAUAACCAUUACUUGUUCGAUUUAUUGAACCAUCGCUUUGUUUGCUUUAAAUGAAAUACAAACAGUAUGUAGAAACCGAUACCGUGUAGGGCAGAUACGAAUCUCACUUUUGUUUCUGUGUUAUCAGCGAUCAGUGCCACUGCCAGGCAUGCAGGAUUUCGCUUGGCCUGCAUUUCUGUCUUCUUUAACAGUCUUGGUUACCUUUUCCUUCUGCAAAGGAACCUUAGUGCUGUUUUCUUGCAGGAAGGUCUCUGGAGAGUUUUUUUUUUUUUGCGGGGGGUACAAGGUUGUCUGAAAUUUGGGUUCACUCCAUUGCUGAAUAGGACCCCUCUAGAAUGUGCAAGGACUCUACUUACGAACCGACCGUCUCGACAGCAUCCCGAUUUGAAUUUGACAGUGUUUUCUGAAUGAUGAGUGUCCACACACUCUCUUUAAUCCAUUUUCCCUCUGGAGUCCUCCAGUAACGAUUUGCCACCCAGCCUCUCCCGGCUUUUCUGCAAAAGGCUACUUCAUCUUGGUGACCGGACACAAACCAGUUGUUAACUCUGAAACAUUCUGUCCGUUGUGGACCUUGGUUUCUCACAGCCACCCAUUUGUGGUGGGGUCUUGUGAUGUGCAGGAUCAUUCGCACCUCCUUCCCCCUUCAUAGCCAAAGUGGACUUUUCAGUGGGAAACCACACUCCACUGUGGUUUGCGGCAUUCCUUCCCGCUCAGAACAAGCUUUUCUGCCCCAGGAAACUCCGAAUCAAAGAGUUGGUGUUGAAGUCAGCCUGAGCUUCAUGCCGCCAUCAGGCACAUGCAAUGGGGAACUUCUUCCUCUGCCAUUCUGAGAAAUGCAAGUGUCGUUCAUGUCGUUCAUAGGUGGGGCUCCCACCGUUGUUUGAGCCAAGAAGUUUGCUGCUGAUAGCAAGAUGUUGAAGAACCCCACAAGACCCCCUUCCUUCAGCCUGCAGGAUCCAGUUCUGCCAGGCUGAAGCUGCCACAGGGGUCUGGCCGCCCUCCUGUUAAAACCACUCUCUUACUUAAUUUCUAGGGGUGUUUUGGUUUCUCUUUCAUAAUUGAGCAUUGCAUUUUUAUUUUUCUUAAACUGGCUCUCAGCCCAACCUGGCCUUUUGGCCCCCUGUGAGUCAGAUUGCUGAUUCCCCUGGCCCAUAAAUGAGUUGUUGCAGUUUGAAUAGCCCCUUUCCUUUGAUGUGAAGCUUCUGUGUUCAGCCACAGUUUUGUUUUCACCCCACCUCAUAUUUACAGCCAACUCUCGUGUCUUCUUUCGAGUUGCUAGAACCUUUUCUCCUCCUGACUUCAGGAGCUUGCAGAGAGUGAGAUGACUGCAUAACCCAAACCUUUUCUCUUGCAUUUUGUGGGAGGGCUGGGUUCCUCUCCUCCAGCUGAUUCUGUUGCCUUUGUGGCUUGAACCCAAUUCUUGGGGUGUCAACUUACGAAUGUUCACAUCCAGGCUGGGGGAAUAAACGGCUGUGUGUUUAAACCCAAUUUCGUUGGGGCGGUCCUCCUGAUUCUGGACUCUCUCCACAGCUGCAGGAGUACAUAGCAAACUUUGAUUUUUUAAAAUUUUAUUUAAAGAUGGAACACUGUUUUUCUUGGGAUGGGGCCAAAGAGGACUUUUACUCUUCUCCAACCCUUCAAGAUAAUCAUGAUUACAGCCAGUCUUCCUUUAUGCUAAGAUUUGUUUUAGGGCAGCAUUGAACUGAGCAACACUGGUGUUAUUUAAAUUCCCAUUGUUGCUUUCACCCAAGGAUCUUUUGGGGUGAUUUUAAAACCAAGAUCCACCCCUUUCCUGUGUGUGAUAUCUUCUAACAAUCUGCUUUUCACUGGGCAACUUCUGGGGAACAUCUUUAAUGGGUCUGCAAAAAUAUUUUCAAAUGCAGAGCAAAAAUGGCCACUUGGUAGCCAAUUUGGUUCACUAGUGUUUUUUUCUUAUUCUAGUUUUCCAGGCUCUCUCACGAAGACCUCAAGCACCCACGGACACUUUGCUGCUGCAGUCGCUAGGGCAUGUGUAUUCUUUAUCCUGUGUCUCUCCCCCAACCCUCCCUUUGGGGAUGGUGGUGUUUUUUCGGUAACUCUUGAUCAGGAUUCUCUCCCCCCCCCUUUCUCCCUUUCCUGUGCCAUCUGAACAGUAUUGACCCGUAGUGGAAAGAGAAGUUUGUUAGCCGAUUCAUCGCUUCUUUUUUAAAUGUUUAACGACAUGUAAUCCUUUUGCUUUAUUUUAUUUUUUAACAAAAAAGCCUUCAAUAAACACGAACCUGAUUAUUAGCCUCA